AUGUUCCAUAGGGGCCCGGUUGGAAUUGAUAACGACUUUGUUGUCAAGACGGUGCACAGGAAAGCUGCAGUUGGCUCUAGUGAUGAGCUACAUUCUUGGAUGGUUGUUCGUCACACGGCUCCUGGAGGUUACUGUUUGCAAGAGGGAGAUCUCGUUAAACUAGGACGAUACCAAAUGAGAGUCAAACAAAUCAUAUUGGACGAUGGUGCGUGUGAAGUCGCAUCGAGGGUAUGUCGCUCGGAAUCAGCAGAGACAUGCAUGGGCACUGAAGACGAAGGCGAGGAAGAUGCCUGGCCGUCGUUGGACCUCGCGGAGACGUACAGACAGAGAAAGCGUCAAUCGAGUCAUUCAUUUCGUAGAAGUUCUCGGGCGUUGUCUAGAGGUAGCGAAAGCGUCGUGUCACGUCGUCCAUCUAGGACAGUUAGCCAGGACGAGAUUGAGCUCUCUAGUGCUAAAUCGAGUCUGGCAGUUGUCCCCGCGGUGGGAGGCGGUAGUGAAGAUGCUAAGAAACUCGUAUGUAAAAUUUGCCUAAUGGAAGGUGCUGAGGAUGAUGAUCCGAUGAUCGCGCCCUGUAGUUGCAGUGGGAGUAUCCGAUACGUUCACCUCUCCUGCCUGCGUCGGUGGAUCAAUGGGCGACUAGAGCUUCCUGAUGAAACUGAUAUACCAUCAUCUUGUCACUUUUUCUACAAGCAGUUAUCUUGCGAACUGUGCAAACAGCUUUACCCUACAUAUAUUAAACUACCCGGCUGUGAAACUGUGACCAGCUUGGUAGAAGUACCACAACUUCGGGCGCCGCUGGUCGUGUUGGAGUCGCUUGCUAGUAACGAAGAAAAUGCUGAUUCGUCAUCGAUGUCGUCAACCUCUCCUCUCACUCCAUCGGGGCUGCACAUUAUCAGUUUAGCUGAUAGUAGUCCGGUCGUGUUGGGAAGAGGCCACGAGAGUCAAGUUCGAAUCACUGAUGUGUCCAUUUCUCGUAAGCAUGCGAGCCUUCGUUAUGAAAACGGUCAUGUUUGGAUACAGGAUUUGAUGUCAAAAUUCGGCACGCUGGUGGCCGUACGAGGCGGAGAAGUUCCUCUGUCGGCCGAUGGGGCUCCGACGGCUAUUCAGGUCGGCCGGACUCUCUUCUCACUAUCGUGCAUACCAUCAGUCAAGUUACCGGCGAGUUUCGAUGUUGACGACGCAAAAGAUUCCGUCGCAUCGGAGCAUCUCGGUAACGUCCCUCGAGAGUCUUCACUUUCAUCACCAUCGUUUCUAUCAAGUCACUCCAUGAAUAAUGAUGAUCAUCAUCGCAAUGAAGAACAGCGCAGUUUUCUAUCAUCGCUCCGUCGUACUACCUCAAACGCCUGGUACGUCACCAUGGAGAGCCGCAACCACUCGUCGUGAAUCAACUGUCAAUUCUCUUCUAUGACGGUUACUUUAAUUAUCAAUCAUAACACCAUCAUUAUUUAUUGUACAUCGUUUCGUCAAGUUUACAAUACUUUCACCGCCAUUUUGAGCUCUCACCGUGUCAGCCGUCUUGGUCGACUUGUCGCGGGUUCUGUAUCGUUGACGGGUGCCGCUUUGUAUUUUUCGCUAUGGGAUGCAGUUCUUGCUGCUUGCCUGCGUAUGUGUAUAAUUUCGUGGCGCGCGGUCAUGUGAGAGGCGACUAGUAAUAUUAGUAGUAAUUUUAUAUGGUGGCUCUAGCCGGUGUUGUGUGUGGGCGUAUGCUCCUAAACUAAGAGGCCUGAGAACGCGCUCUCCACAUCGGCAAGUGAAAAACACUGAGUAUGUUCAUAAUACUUUUGUUCCUCAUAGUAGCACAGCUGUUAUUCAUAGUGGUGGUGGUUGUUGUUGUUAAGAAUCUGUAUGCGGUUCCAUCGCGCUGUGGUUGUAGAGCAGCAGCAGCAGGCUCGAUGAAGACGAUGUGGUGAUGGUGUGGUAUGAGUUGUCUUAGUGAUAGCAGCAGUAUAUUACUUAGUGAAGGCAUUCUGUUUAUUCUGGCCGUUGAGGUCGGUGGACAAUGUGAAUGUUCCUCGCGUGGUUGGUACUGUUUGACGAGCUGAUCGUUUCACAUUCAAUUGGAAAAUUGA